CUUAAGUAUUGGCUAAACCGACCUUCUUGUCCUCCCGUGUUUAGGGAGGUGAAGUCUCUAUUCGACAGACUCGUGUCUCCCUUAGUCGACGCUGAUCCUAUUUCUGUUCGGCGGGCAAUCUUGCACGCUCGCACAUUCUAUGAGGGAUCCAUCUAUACCCGUGACUCCACCCAUGUAGGCAACAGCCUGAUCCUCUAUUAUCAUGGCGGUAUCAGGAACGUCCCCCCAACACCAGGGAUCAUCAAGUACAUUUUCGAGAUGGAGCGAGUAGUGGGCUUUGCCGUACGGCGUUACCUCCCUCUGCAUUCUCACCUCGAUCCUUUCAGACACUAUCCUUACUUUCCGGCUCGUUUACAUUCUACAGUGCUCGUCGAUCAUCUCGAAACUGUCAAACCUGAGUGGGUAGUAUCACACUUCGCACGAUGGAAAUUUUCUCCGCAGCACAUUGUUGCUGUGUCCUUGUGUCGAGUA